AUGUUGUGCUGGUGUGGUAUCGUCAUCCAGUUACCUCAAUGGUUCCGUCGAAAGGAAAGUGGGACGAGAAACAACGGCACGGGAGAAGUGACAGUUAGGCCUCCGACAUACAUCAGCGUGAUUGAAGCGGUCGCCUCUCAUGUCGACGAGAUUAGCUCGCAAGAAGUGACCACCGACGGCCCCAACUUUUUGAGAUCCCAGGCUCCAUCCCCCGAAUCUCUGGGACAAAUCAGCGACCAGAGGGAGGAAUAUCUCAAGAGCGUUGAAAUUUGA